AUGGUUUCUUGUGUGUGGAGAGGCGCGUGCAGCGUUGUGCUCGCCAUACGGCAGUGCUUCGGGCUAGAAGACGUCAACAGGCAGGAGGAAGACAGGCUGGCCGUGAUGGAUGUGCUGCUGCACAAGGCUCUCAGUCCAAGUAGCAGCACUCCGAGCCCGCCUCGCGGGAAUGCUGAACUACACCACCAGAGACGAACAAAGGAAGGCUCACGGCCCGCCAGCGCAAGCAUGCUGCAGAAGGCUCUUGUCAAGCUGGUGCCCAAGGCCAAGCCUCCGCCCCCAAGCACCAUGGAGACACCGGAAGGCUCGUACUUCGCGCUUCCAGCGGCUGACUCCGGGGUUCUCGCCCCCCCGGGCGGUAUUCUGCGGCGCAACCCUGGGCUGGAGAACGCGGUUCCGCAGGCGGGCACGAGCGCGCGGCCGCCCGCGAGCAAGACGCCCGUGCGCAAGCAACUAGAGGAGGCGCUGCGGCACUACGCGCGGCUGCAGCAGGAGCUGGUGCUGGAGCAGGGGGCGAGGACCAAGCAGGGCGAACAGGUGCGGGUGCUGACCCGCGAAAACGAGGAGCUGCGCCUGAAGGUGACUACUUUGGAGGGAACGAUCACCGGUCUGCACGCGGGAUACCAGAGCAAGUUGCUCCUCCUCGAGAACGCGUUGCAAGAGUCGGAGAGCAAGAGAAAAGAGGGUGUCAGUCAGCUGUCAGAGGAGAGCGGCCUUCUGCCUGGAAUUUUGACGGCACAGAGCGAGGCCCCGGGCGGUGACGCGCCAUUCCGCGCCCCGGCAUCCGACGGCCCCGCGGCAAGCGACGACGCGCGCGCUCUGGAAGAGGCCCGCGCCAGGAUCCAACAACUAGAGAAGGAGCUCCACGACUCGCUGCAGAUGGCGCUGCUCCCCCCCACGGCCCCCUUCCCCGCAUGCGCGUGCCGCGUGGACCGGCUGGCGGAGGAGGAGGCGCGCUGCCUGGAGUCGGCCGCGCUCGCGCGCAUCACCGCGGGGGAGUACGUGGACACGCGCUUCAUCAAGAACAUGACCGAGCGCGAGCAGGAGAUCCUCCUCGUCGAGGCCAUCAAGCAGGGACUUGUUCUGACGAAGCGGCUGGCAAACAGAGGGAUCAAGGAAGAAGCCGCAGCGAGUUGGUCGCUUUCGUGGAAUCGGCUUCUGUGCUCCGUAAGCAUGGGAUUAGGGGACCCAGGUUACGUUGAGAGCGGGACCCCAGCAGUCGAUGAUGGGUCUCCAGCUUGGUCGCACUUUGUACUCUGUCCUGCCGAUGUGAACGCCCGUGGGCGUGCUUUGCAGGAGCGGAUGGCGACCGUGGUGCACAUGAAGGACAAGUUCUUCGCAAGCGAGGCCAAGCGCAAGCGCGCCGAGGAGACGGUGGAGCAGUACAAGCGCCGCCUGCACGACCUCGAACAGCAGCUGCACGCGCGCACGGCGCCCGCCGCUGCGCAACAGUGA